GAAUGCGGGAGAACCUGAGGCCAACCAUGGAUAAAUUGUGCAAGAAAAGAAAAAUUUCAGAAGAACACAGAAUGUUUAAUGAUACGUGGACAUAUUCAUUUGCUUUCACUACUGACAAGACUGGUUUACCGGUAUGCUUAAUAUGUGGUGAGAAAUUGGCAAACAACAAAAAGUCGAAUGUUGCAAGACAUUUCCAGAAUAAACACGCAGCCUUUGCUGAAAAAUAUCCAGAUGGAGACGAGAGAAAAAAAGCCGUUUUGGAACUGAUGCAGAAGGCUGAUCUGAAGAUUGAUCUGAGCAAAAAUCAUUUUAAGAAGAACUCUGCAAAUUCAACUACAUAUGCUAGUUUUGUGGCCGCUCAGGAAAUAGUCAGGCACGGGAAGCCGUUCACAGAUGGAGAUUAUAUCAAAGAAUCAUUCGUGAAGAUUUCAGAACAUCUAUUCUCGGACUUCGAAAACAAGAGUGAAAUUGUGCAGAAAAUCAGAGAUAUGCCUCUCUCUGCAAAGACUGUCAAAGACAGAACCGUAGAAAUGGCAGAAAACAUCACCAGACAGCAAAUUAAAGACAUCAAUUCAGCGGUGGCGUACUCAAUCGCCUGUAAUGCAUCCAAAGAACAAGUAGCCCUGUUCUGCAGAUAUGUGAACUCUGCUGGGCCACAGGAAGAAAUGAUUGAGUUGAUACCACUAAAAGGCCAAACCCGUGGAGGGGACAUCUAUGAGGCUGUCCUGGAUUAUUUAAGAACCAAUGAAAUAAACACCACCCACCUGGUGUCAGUGGCUACUGACGGGGCACCGAGUAUGACAGGAGCGCAGGAUAGCUUUGUGGCGUUGCUGCAGGAGUCGCUGGGCAGAAGGCUGCUGACAUUUCACUGCAUCCUGCACCAAGAGGCACUGUGCGCUCAAACAUUUCCUCCGGAAUGCGCAGAAGUAAUGAAUGUUGUCAUUCAGGUUGUCAAUAAAAUAAUGGCACAAGGUUCAAAUCGCCAUCAGUUCCAUUUCCUACUAGAGGAGGUGAAAAGCACGUCUUCGGAUCUCCUGCUGCACAACAAAGUCCAGUGGCUGUCCAGAGGGGAGGUGCUAAAACGCUUUGCCGCGUGUCUGGAAGAGGUGAAAAUUUACCUGGGCAGCAGAGGCCUCACCUUUCCUGAGCUGCAGUGGCCAGAAUGGCUGGAAAGGCUACACUUCAUGGUCGAUAUGACAGCGCACCUGAACACGCUGAACACAACUCUUCAGGGGAAAGGAGGCACAGCCCUGCACAUGCUGGAGGAGCUUUUGGCAUUCGAGCACAAGUUGGCAGUGUUUGCCAAAGAUUUAGAGAGAGGCACACUGUCUCACUUCCCCUCUUUGAGGGAGUUCAAGCGAGCUCACGAUGUGACAAAUUUGGAGCAUUUGCAGUCUGCAAUCACCACAAUGCAAACAUCGUUUGGGAAGCGAUUCUGUGAGUUGAGAGAGGAAAAAAACACAUUAUCUUUCCCUGUCGCUCCCCUGACCAUCGAUCCAUCCCUCUUGAAUAUGACGGCCUUUGCGGGUGUAAGCCAACCCGAUCUGGAGAUGGAGCUGGCCGACAUCGCCGACAAAGACAUGUGGGUGUCCAAGUUCCAACGCUUGACGGCUAACCUUGAAGAGGUUGCCCGUCAGAAGGCGGUUCUUGCUCAGAACGACAAAUGGAGUGAGAUUGAACGCCUUCCCAAACCGGAGAAGCUUAUAUUCGACGCCUGGAAUGCCAUCCCCGUCACUUACACCAACAUGAAAAAAUAUGCAUUUGGAGUCCUGUCGAUCUUCGGGUCCACCUACAUAUGCGAGCAGGUCUUCUCCAACAUGAACUACAUUAAGAACAAAUAUCGCUCACGCCUCACAGGGAGCAGCCUGCAGUCCUGUGUGAAGAUGAAGCUGACGUCUUACAGGCCUGAUGUGCAGACGCUGUGCGCUGAGAUCGAGAGCCAAAAAUCACAUUAACCAGGUGGACAGCGGACUGCACGCUCCAGUACACACGAUAAAAGGAUGACGGCACACAGAAGCAGACGGCACUUUUGGUUUGCUGCAGACGGACAAUUUAAGUUCGGCUUUUUAUUUCAUAAAUACGAGGAGGACUCAAGUAGACAUUAUUUUAUUUGGAAGUAACCUUCAACCCGGCGUCUUUUUUUCGGAGUUCAAAAUGUUGUUUUUGCAUGCAGAAAUA